AUGUGGUCUCAAAUUCAAUGGCUGAGAUCGCCGACCAGACUCCAAUCUCCGGCGAAGCCACGUCAUCGCCACUUCUCUUGUUCCUCCUUCAAAGACAUUCAAGACCUCUGCCGUGAAGAUUCCGCUUCCUAUUCCGGAUCCGACUCCCCUCCCAACACUCCCAAGAAACCUUCCAUUUUCCACCGCGUCCGUCUCUCCACCUCCGUCCUCCGCUCCUGGUCUCACCGCCUCUCCGUCUCUUCCGCCUCCUCCCGCCGCCUCCUCCUCCCUGACUCGGACCUCUGCAUCAUCCUCUACCACACCUCUCUCCGCGUCGUCCGCCGCACCUUCGAAGACUGCCGAGUCGUCCGAUCUAUCCUCAGAGGCUUCCGCGUUCCAAUCGACGAACGCGACCUCUCAAUGGACUCCAGAUUCGUAGACGAGUUACAGGAUGCGAUCGGACGGAAUAAUCUGAGUUUACCUAGAGUAUUCAUUGGCGGUCGGUACAUCGGUGGAGUAGAGGAAAUCAAAGUGAUGAAUGAAAACGGAGAGUUGAAGAGAUUAAUCGAAAGGCUUCCGGAGGCAGCGGCGGCGGCGACGCCGUGGUGUUGCGAGGUAUGCGGCGGAAUCCGAUUCGUUGUUUGUGAAGAAUGCGAUGGAAGCCAUAAGAUCUACAUCGAAAAAACUGGAUUCAGAGGCUGCAAUGCUUGUAACAUCAAUGGAUUGAUUCGAUGCCCUUCAUGCUCAUCAACGAAGCUGCGAAUCACAGGUUCUUAA